AUGAUCUGCAACGUAACUUUCACAUUCAUCCUCUUGGUCGCCGCUCAGAUAUGCGUGGCUUCACCAGUACCAGAGCCAGACCCCUAUCAUAAAACGCACAUCAGAAUCCAUGUGCCCCAUGAAGUGCACACCUUACACCAUCAUCACGUAUCCCACGUGCCAGUGAUCAAACAUGUGCCAAUUAUCAAGGAGGUGCCAGUCCUAAAGGAGGUGCACGUAGUGAAACCUGUGCCGAUCAUCAAGACAGUUGGCGUGCCAAUCGUCCAUACGGAAAUUAUCGAAAAACCUGUACUGGUUUCACAUUCGCAUUGGCAUUAA